AUGGAGCCCGACAAGUAUCUUUCAGGACUUCCUUGUAACGGAAUCUCACGGAUACACAGCGAGACCCCCGCUCCAGAUAAAGUGUUUCUUGAAGCCUGCAACAUUUAUUUCAGACAUUGUCACAACAAACCAUUUGGAUUUUUCAAUGCCACUUUCUUUUAUCAAAAAGUCCAACAAAACCAAGUCCCUCUCCAUCUAAAACUAGCCUUGAUUGCCUCCGCCACGCGCUACUCGUCGCGCUCACAAUGGAUGGAAAGAAAACGGAGUACGAUUGACAGCUAUGCUCGGUGCUCAUGGGAAUUGAUUACGACAUCCUCCAACCCACUCGACAAAGAUGACGAUGUGGACGUCAUACAGUCUCUGGUGAUAUUGGCGGCUAUCGAUUUGACCGCGGGCCGGCGUCGACAGGCUUGGGUGAAAAUUGGCAUGUCGGUGCGAAUCGCCCAAGACUUAGAUAUGAUGAUGGAGCCACCUUCCAAUCUCCCUGAGCUCGAGCGCGACGAGCGACGCAAUUUAUUUUGGUCGCUGUACAUUCUAGACCGCUUCGUAUGCUGCUCUUUCCAACGACCACCCGCUAUUCACGAUGUUGAUUUGCACCUCAACCUGCCGACACAUUAUCGCUCUGAAAAACGACUACCCUCUUUAUCACUCAGUGAGCUGUUCAACGAGAAGGUCCGGAGUCUUUCGCCUCGCUCAGGAAUGUUCGGCAUCAGCAUUGGGUUUGUUUCGUGCUUGGGCCGCACUACCAAAUACAUGAUGAGCAAGUUGAGGUGCCAGUCAAUACCUCCUUGGACCUCUGGCUCUGAACAUGCCUUGAUACACCGGGAUCUGGAGUAUCUGAAGCAGCUUGCUGUACAAAAUGGUCCCAUUCCCGGCGCGCCAAUUCAAUCACCGCCCCAAAAUAAUUCUCCGAAACCCGACCGGGAGCAGAUCUCACAUAUGGUCCUCUCCCAUACGCUAUAUCAUUUAUGCCUUUGUAUUCUCAAUCAUCCCUUCUUGAUCGGGCUGAAAAUUGAAUCCCGUUCACAUUCCGAUAUGCCAUUGAUAUGGCUAGAAGAUACGCGCAAGCGAGCUCUAUCCAAUGCUGGGUCUUUGAUCACAGUCCUCCUUGAAGCAAAGGCUGCAGGGUAUAUGCCAAUCACCUCGAUGUACAGCUACAGCAUGGUGCUAGCUAGCACGAUCCAUGGGAUAUUUAUGCAUUGCGAUAAUGCUUCAAUCCGUCAAAGCUCAGCAGAAAAUUUGAAACCUGCCUUUGAAUAUCUUUCCGAGAUGUUUGAUCUAUGGGACAAUGCGCAUAUCAUGGCAAGCGCUUUGGAAAACUUCAUCACCCAUUGUCCAAGAUACAGCGAGAUACUUCUACGCAACGAACCAUGCACGAGUGAACUCACCACAACAGAGACAACUAUCUUGAAAUACGUUGUUGAUUAUUGGGCAAUGAUGGAUUCUCGGAAUCCGGUCUUCCAAGAGGCUUUGUCAACAGAAUCUGCAGACCGCCAAGUGACAAGUCCGGACUGCCUGACUCCUCCAACUUCGAUUCCCAUGGACGACAGUCCGGAUAGACAUUAUACAGCAAUUGAUGUGGACCCGGACAUUUUGGUUGCGUAUCCACUUCCAGUCAUUUCCCCGAUUCCAUCAGAUCAUGGCUCACCAAAAUGGGAUUGGGAUCAAGAAUUGGACUUGAGUCCUUCAUGA